AUGUCCGCCUUUAUACGAGCCAUCCACCUCCUUCAGACAACCGCCAUCGAACAUACCUCAGAGUCGCCCUCCGGCCUGCUCAUCUCUAGACAGAAUGCUGACACUGAACCCCUCAGCAGCUCAACAAAGGCCGGCUUCAUUGCUGUUGGUAUAUGCGGCCUUCUAUCCUUCAUUGCGGCUCUAGGGCUCCUUCUCUUCCUAACAUAUCGCUUCAUCUUCUGGAAACGAUACUACAAGCAGCCCCUCGCACACAAUCAAUACGUUGUUCUGAUCUAUAACCUGCUCCUCGCUGAUAUCCAACAAGCCAGUGCAUUUCUCCUAUGUCUGCACUGGGUUAGCCAGAAUGAGGUUUACUAUCCGAGUGCUGCCUGUGCACUUCAAGGAUGGUGGAUUCAGACCGCUGACCCAGGUAGUGGAAUCUUCGUUAUGGCGAUCGCGAUGCACACUGGUGCAGUUGUUCUCCGAGGGCGACAAUUACCCUUUUCCGUGUUUGUGUACGGUGUCAUCGGUAUAUGGGGUUUUAUAAUUAUACUGGGAAUCAUUCCGGUUUCCUUGUAUAAAUCCGAGACUUUUGUCAUAUCCGAAGCUGGAUGGUGCUGGCUGAGCCCCGAACACGAAACCGAACGCCUCUGGGGCCACUACUUCUGGAUCUUCCUCGCUGAAUUCGGCACCAUCAUUCUCUACGGCAUCAUGUUCUUCUACCUCCGCCGCCGCAUGUUCCAGGCCGCAAUACUGCACCAAAACCACCAAAAGAACCUGAAACGUCUUAACCGCGUCGUUAUUUACAUGGUUAUAUACCCCUUUACAUACAUUCUUCUUUCUCUUCCUCUCGCGGCAGGCCGAAUGUCGAGUGCGCGGCACAUUGUUCCGAGUCGAGCGUAUUUCGCCGUCGCUGGAUCACUCAUGGCGUUAUCUGGUCUGUUUGAUACGGCUAUCUACACGCUUACAAGACGGCAGUUGCUCGUGGACACGAAUGGGAGUGCGUCGGAAGGGCAGUAUAAUGCGUAUUCUGGGUCGCAUGUGUAUGAGACACAUAUUAGUACGGUUGCUGGAGGGGGUAAACAGAAGCGAACGAACGCUCGGUCGAAGCUCAAGAGGGGAUUACAGACGCUUAAUGAUACGGUUAAUGAUUAUCGGAAUGAAAGUUCGGAGGAGAUUGUUCGACCCGAUGAAUGGGAGAUGAGGAAUAUUGACGGAGGGGUGUAUCAGGAGACGACGAUUGAGAUUACGCAUGAGAGAGCAGAUCAGGAGGAAGAUCUUCAUAAUCAUAAACAGGGAGAGUAUCGUGGGUGA